CACUGGCAAACGGCAGCAUGGAAGCCUCCAGCGGAGGGGAGAAGCAGCCGUUGCUCGGAUUCGGGCAGGCGGUGAUCGGUCCCCCUGGCUCUGGGAAGACUACUUAUGUCCGAGCCAUGCACGCCCUUCUCACCAGCAUGGGCCGCCCGGUCUCUAUUAUUAAUCUGGACCCGGCCGGGGAGGACGAGCCUGGGGCGGCAGUGACCCUGCGGGAGCUCCUGGCUCUGAGUGAAGUGAUGAGUGAGCUGCAUCUGGGACCCAACGGCGCGCUUCUCUACUGCAUGGAGUACCUGCAGGGUAACCUGGACUGGCUGCGGGACAGGCUGAUAAGUCUGCGGGGCACUUACCUCCUGUUUGACUGCCCGGGGCAGGUGGAGCUGUAUACCCACCACCCGGCUCUGCCCAGCAUUCUCCGACAGCUGCAGGCCUGGGGCCUACGGCUGUGUGCAGUACACCUUGUUGAUUCUCAUUACUGUACAGACCCUGCCAAGUUUAUCUCUGUUCUGUGUACCUCUUUAAGCACCAUGCUUCAUGUAGAACUGCCACACAUUAAUAUCCUCUCAAAAAUGGAUCUGAUUGAACAAUAUGGCCGACUGGCAUUUAACAUUGAUUUCUACACUGAUGUUAUGGACCUUUCCUAUUUGGUGGAGCAUUUAACCUCUGACCCUUUUUUCCGGCGACACAAACGGCUUCAUGAGAAACUGGCUGAGGUCAUUGAAGAUUACGGACUGGUGUCAUUCAUGCCACUCAGCAUCAAGGAUGAACAAAGCCUAAGGAGAGUCAUGGCAGCUGUGGAUAAAGCUUGUGGUUUCUGCUUUGGAGAAGAAAACAGAUCUCUUGGAUCACUUACGUCUGUAGCAGUGGGUGCUGACUUCCAUUUUGCAUCAGCUCUGGCAUUUCAGGAGAAAUUUGUGCAAAAGGAGACUCGAACAGUGGAAGAAGAGACAUUACAGUUGUGAGUUCCAUUCUAGUAGAGACUG